ACUCUGGUGACGUCACUCGCAGAGUUGUCAUGGCGUCUUUGGGACCGAGGCUGCUGCAGCUGCAAUUUAGCUAAAAUCUGUCGACAGCCCGUAGGUCGAAAUGGAGAAAAAUGCAAACCUACGCCGAGACGCCGACGGGAGCUCCCUGUGCGCGACGAUUGCUGGAGAGAUGGGUGACGUUUCCGCUGUCGCUGCGGUGAAAGGAGCCGCGGAGAAAUGCAGGAACAGUGAGGCUCCUCUCAGUACUUUGGUGAACGUUAGUUGUAAUAACAGCACCGCCAGCGUUAGCGCCUCCGGCGACGCUCACGUCCUCCCGGCUGCGGGGGGGUCCGUGGAGCCACGACUCGCCGAAGCCCCCCGCGCGGACGCCGAGGCGAGCGCGUCGCGGUCCCGGGAUCCGAUCAGUAACGGGAUGGGGCACGAGUCGCUGCUGGCUGCGGGAGAUAGCGAGGGUGGCGCCUCAAAGUUAGUAAACAACAAAAGCGACGGCUCGUCCUCGCCUCCCGCCGCGGAGCGCACGCGCGUGCAGCCGGAGGCUUCGGCUCGUGGAGAAAGUGAGCCGAAACUUAGCAAACCGACGCAUCUGUGUCCCGACGGCGCGGACGCGGUCAAAUCGGGGCUGGGGCCGCUGACAACCCCGUCGGAGGGAUUGCCGAGCGGGAGCGACCCCGAUCCCAGCCUCGGCGGGGAGUCCCGAAGCAUAGAUUCCCUGGAGUCGUUCUCCAACCUCAACUCGUGCCCGAGCUCCGACCUGAACAGCGAGGGGCUGGAGGACAGGGGUCUGGCCCUGGCGCUGCGCAGCGAGUACGCGGCGGACGGGACGAGGACGUCGUGCGCCGCCGCCAAGGACCGGGUCGCCGGCCAGUCCAUCUACCACAUCAAGUGGAUCAAGUGGAGGGAGGAGAACACGCCGAUCAUCACCCAGAACGAGAACGGCCCCUGUCCGUUACUGGCGAUCAUGAAUGUCCUGCUGCUGGCGUGGAAGGUAAAGAUGCCGCCAAUGAUGGAAAUUAUUACGGCCGAGCAGCUGAUGGAGUACCUGGGUGACUACAUCCUGGAAACCAAGCCGAAGGAGAUCUCUGAGGCUCAGCGGCUCAACUAUGAGCAGAACAUGAGCGACGCCAUGGCCGUGCUGCACAAGCUGCAGACAGGUCUGGACGUCAACGUGAAGUUUACGGGCGUGCGCGUCUUCGAGUACACCCCGGAAUGCAUCGUGUUCGAUCUGCUGGACAUCCCGCUGUACCACGGCUGGCUGGUGGACCCCCAGAUGCACGACAUCGUGAAGGCCGUGGGCAACUGCAGCUACAACCAGCUGGUGGAGAAGAUAAUAUCCUGCAAACAGUCGGACAACAGUGAGCUGGCAGGCGAAGGUAUCGUAGCAGAGCAGUUCCUGAGCAGCACGGCCACUCAGCUGACGUACCAUGGCCUGUGUGAGCUCACGUCCACCGUGCAGGAAGGGGAGCUCUGCGUGUUCUUCAGGAAUAACCACUUCAGCACAAUGAUCAAAUUCAAGGGCCAACUGUACCUCCUGGUCACAGACCAGGGUUUCCUGACGGAGGAGAAGGUCGUCUGGGAGAGUCUGCACAACGUCGACGGAGAUGGUAACUUCUGUGACUCCGAGUUCCGGUUGCGACCGCCGUCCGAUCCAGAAACCGUGUACCGAGGUCAACAGGAUCAGAUAGACCAGGACUAUCUGAUGGCGCUGUCGCUGCAGCAGGAGCAGCAAAGCCAGGACUUGGAGUGGGAGCAGCUCCCCGAAGGCAUCAGCGACCUAGAGCUGGCCAAAAAGCUCCAGGAGGAGGAGGACCGGCGAGCCUCCCAGUACUACCAGGAGCAGGAGCAGGAGCAGGAGCAGGCGGCGGCGGCGGCAGCACAGCAGGGCCCGCAGGAGCCUGGCGAGGACGGCGAGGCGGACAGAGCCGGGGGCGCAAGCGGAGCGGCAGCUGGAGCUGCCACGGCGGCGGCGGCCACAGCCACACCCAGCCCAGGAAAACAGUCCUCCAGCAAAUCCAAGAAAGAGCCCAAGGAGAAAGACAAAUGUGUUAUUUUGUAACGUAGAGUGUGUCUGUGUGUGAGCGCGUGAGUGUUUUGUGCAUUUGCUUAUCUGUGAGGAGGGGGGACAGCAUUUGUCUGUCCACGGAGUGGACACACAACACGGAGCCCGCGCUCGAUGACAGGACAGAGACCAGACCUACAGAGGAUUUGCUGUUCCCAAACCACUGGUGCCUGCUAUCCUCAAACCUCAGUGGAGCCUGGACAUCAGAGCAAUGGACACAACACCAACAACAACAACAACAACUACCACUUACCUUUCAUAGUCGGCCAAACUUUCGUACAAGCUGCACAGUGCACUAUAUUUGUGAUGUGGGGUCAGGUUUAUCUGGGGGUGGUGUUUUAUAAGCAAAAGUCAUCAAUUGAAGAAACAACGUCACCCUCUCACCAUUUUCAUUUCCACAACAAUCGCCCAUUUCAUUCAUUUUUAAUUGUUGCAGUUUAUAAGCUUUUUUGUACUUAUCAAUAUUUGCGACUCGUUCGUAGACAAGCCCACUUUUUUUGUGUUGAGUUUUUUAAGUUACCCUUCGAUGCCAAUAUUCACAUUUGAUCCGUGUAACAGGUAGCUUUUUGGGGAAGUUAAAAGGGACUGUGUCAUGUUGUUGAAAACCAGUGUAACACCCUUUGUGUCCCUCCAUACUGUAGUUGUGUACCCAUGCUCAUCGCAGCUUGCCCCGUUCAGUUUUGCCUUACCAGAACAUGGCAGCCUCACAGCCCGCUCUGUUUGAAUGUGUGUUUGUUUCCGUGUGUAUGAGCCCUGUGGUAUAAUGAAGUGCGUGGUACAUCUCUUGAGUUGAUUCAAUUUGGACUUGGCCAAAUCAUUGCUGCUGUAUGAGUUAAGUUAAGAGGAUGGCGUCAGAUUAUUACUGUCAUUGAAUCUGAAUUUGCGUGCGCGCGUGAGCACUAUCAUAAUCUCGUAGGCUCUGGAUGUAGUUUCACCGCAGCCAUGUUUGAGAAGGAAUUCUCCAGAAGUCAGUGGUUUGCUUUUCCUGCUCCACGCAGGCUGGAAAACGUCCGUUACCGUGACCGGCGUUGCUCUAGUUGAAAUGCUGGGCCUUGUCUCCUGCUGUAGCGUUUUUGCUCCCCGCUGUGUGAAAGUCACAUUUUCUAGCUCUUUCGAACGAAGUCUGGGAUGAAUUCAUUUGUCGUGCAAAAUAAGGUCUGGUGGUGAAAACUCGGUCCAGGAGCUGAAGUUCUGUGGCGUGACCUUUUAACUGCACUUCACUGCAGCGCGCCACACGUGAUGUACAUAUUUACUUAAUGCAGUCUUCUAAUGGAUUGAGCUGGCGGUUUGUGCCAUUAUUGUACUAAGGGACUGGCUCCUGAGAACCUUUUCUAUCGAUACAUUCCAGUCGGAUGCCUUGACUCGAGCCUUCUGUUACACACUGAGGGGGACAGUGGUGGCAGGAAGCGCUGCAGCUGUUACAAAGUGGCCUCCAUUCAUUUGUUUGGUGGGAACAAACUUAAUGUCAGGACAUGAUGAUGAUGAUGAUGAUGGAGGCAGAAGGCUACCUACUGUGUGGGAAGCCGUUCUCACGAGCCUUGUGCUAUAGCUACAGAUUGAGUUCUGUGUUUUGUAUAUAUAUAUAUAUAAAUAUAUAUAAUUAAAUAUGUGCGUGUGUAUAUAUAUAUAAAACGCCUUACAAUGCUUCAACCUGUUUUAUAGGACUAAAGGAAACAGGCGUAUUAAGGGAAUGAGACAAUCCAUGCAUAUUCACACACAUUACAUUUUGCUUUGUUAUGACACCGUUUGUUGGUCCCUAGUCACUUUCCCCAUCACUACUUUAAGUCUCUGUGUAUGUGCACCCACUAUUUUGACACUUUGAAGGACUUAACACUAUAUCAUCUAAGAUUCUCAUGGUUGAACUUCACAUAGACGAAACUAUGAAUUAAGCUGCUCCUCUUGUGUUAACUUGGACUACCUGAUACAAAAUAAAAUCCCGGGACAGGGUCGAAGAACGUGAACCAUGUACACUUUUCAUUGACUCUUUGUUCUAUUGCCACGUGGCAUAAGUAAAAUCACAUGAUUUCAGUGAAGGCAGACGGAGGCUCUCUGGAAAUGCUGUGCAGUUUGGUUUCUGUCUUUACUAAAUUUCCACUUAAUUUAUGACUCAGCCCAUCGACUGAACGUGCUGAUUAAACAUUCCAGUGGAGGAUUUAAAGGAUGAAUCUUCACUUAAGUGCAGCCUGAGUUGAGUUGGACAUUUUAUAUUGGUUAGAGUUUAUGCAGGUGGAAAAAAGCGCAGAAUGCCACACGGUUUUGUUUCAGGUUUAGUACUGUGCUGUCCCAACCUUAAUACCUGAAUAUGAUAUUUAUGUUGUAAUGAGUUUGUUUCACCAAUGUUUAUAUGAUGAACUGAUCAGAAGGGUAUUGUGUGUUUGACGUCUCUAAGUGGUUUCUUGUUUGCCUUGUAAAGUGAUGGUGGGGUAAAUACUGUAAAAUUAGAAAUCUGACAAGUUGAUCGUUGCACACAUGGUUGUAAUUGGUAACACUGAUAUGCACUAACAAAAGAGCAACAUACCUCAUUUUAUACGGAGCAUAGUUUUACGUUACCUUUUAAAAACUGAACAAUAGCCAAAAGAAUUAACUAAACAUGGUAGCGGCUGCUCUCACAACAGUUGAAUGAUAUAAUAAGUUGUAAAAGUACAAAAGGGCUGUUUAAGUGUUUUUGGCUGAAAUUGUUCUCGUAUUUAUUUGAAGGUGGUGCCACUUAAAAUGAAACUGCAUUUAGGGUAGAGGUGCACCUCCACAAGACAAACAGGCCUGAGUACCAGCACCCAGCUCACAGGUGACAGAGUAGACGGAAUGAAGAACUCCUGUAGAUGACUUGACGAUUCAGUCUGCAGCAAAUAGUGGAGACGCCCCUGUUUCUGUUCAUGAUUUUAACCAUUCAAUUUACAGAUAAGGAUUAUGGAUUAGUUAUGGAACAGUAAAAAGGGGAAAAGGCUCGAGUGUCGUCAUCUAUGUAGCAAAAGGAGAUGUUGAUUGCUGUUCUAUGGGACACACAUCAAGAUGUUCUCUGAUGCAAAACCUUCCACAUCUUACUUUGUGAUGCAUGUGAAGUGUGGACUAAUGUCAGGCUGAGGAAAAUUAUGAUUAACCCUGAGAAUUUCAUCCUUAUUGUACGAACCCAUUGUGUUCAUAGUUCAUAUAAAACAUACAUGCAGAAGAAUGUGUUUGUGUUGAUGGGAGGUUACUUAUUUGUGUUGAUUUUGAUCUAUUUACAUAAAUGACCAAAUAAUGUAUGUAGCCUUUCACAUCACAGCCACAUCUUGUAUAUGGUGAUAUAUAUAAAUAUAUAUAUAUAACAAAAUGCCUUAUAGACGAGGGACAUUCAACCUGAUUAGAAGUUACAGCAUAAUAAAAGACUACGAUCAAUAGCUG